UCCUGUAAUUAUAGCUCUGAAAAGGACUUGGUUUUUUUUUUUUUAAAAAAAAACAUAAGCUCUAACGCGCUUGGGAGGGGUGAGAAAGCCUUUUACAACUUUUUUUUAGAAUCCGGGUUAGCAAGGCCUCUUUACUGCCUCCUAAGUGGGCGGCGGCCACUUGGGUCCUCCAACGCGAGCUAGAGCAGACGUCUCUAUGGUCGAGGAACCAUAGAGCAGAUCCUGUUUUCAUUGCUUGUUGGUCGUGCGCAUGCUCAGCAGCCGCCGCACGUCAAAGAUGGCGGAAGAAGGGGAAAGAAAAAGGAUCCCUUUGGUUCCAGAAAAUCUCCUGAAAAAGAGGAAAGCUUAUCAGGCCCUCAAAGCCACACAAGCCAAGCAAGCACUUUUAGCAAAAAAGGAGAGGAAAGGAAAAGCAUUUAGAUUUAAGCGACUGGAAUCAUUUCUCCAUGAAUCCUGGCGACAGCAGCGUGACAUAGUGCGUGUCAGACGUCUGGAUGUGAAACCUCGUGCUUUGGAAGUUCCUGAUAAACAUACCUUGGCCUUUGUUAUACGCAUCGAAAGAACUGUCGGGGUGAGUUUACUGGUGAAGAGGACCAUUGCAAUACUUCGUCUGAAGAAAUUGUUUAGUGGUGUCUUUGUCAAAGUCACUCCCGAUAACAUGAAAAUGUUGCGUAUAGUGGAACCUUAUGUGACCUGGGGAUUUCCGAAUCUGAAGUCUGUGCGAGAACUCAUCCUGAAACGUGGACAGGCAAAGGUUCAGAAUAAGAUCAUCCCUCUGACAGACAAUACCAUGAUUGAGGAGCACCUGGGGAAAUUUGAUGUCAUUUGCCUGGAAGACCUCAUUCAUGAAAUCGCCUUCCCAGGGAAGUAUUUCCAGCAGAUCUCCAGGUUUUUGUGCCCUUUCCAACUCUCUGUUGCCCGUCACGCUACCAAAAACAGAAUGGGCUUCCUCAAGGAGAUGGGCUCACCUGGCUAUCGGGGUGAAAGUAUCAAUCAGCUCAUCCGCCAGCUGAACUAGACUCAGAUGCCAAAUUGUGGUGGAUUUGAACUGUUAUAUCUUCAGAGAUUGUUUCCUACCUACAGAAGUUGGAAAGUAAGGGGAAAGAUGGCAGACCAGUCCUGAGGAGGAGUUCCAUCCUUUUCCACAUUGGCAGCUAUCUCCAAUCAACACAUAGCCCAGAGGAAGAAGUUGUCCUGACUUUGUUGUAUCUUCUGUAUGGGUUUAAUGUUGUGAAUGAAGAACCUAAGCAUAUGUACAAGAUUGGCACCAUUAGACCAAGCUUCUGGGUA